CACUGGAACUAACACGCAACACCAACAUAGUCUGCCAAAACGCCAAAACCCCCAGCACAGAACGGGUUAAAAAACCAAUCUCUGGCUACCAGCAACAAUAACAACAACAAAGGAUCCGGGUUUUAACAGCAGAGACAAGCUGUCGCGUGAGGAGGAGCUGGAGAACAAAUGGGGGGAAAACAACAACAACAACAAAAACGACAACAACAGCGUGAAUGGGCCGAUGGGGCGCGUGCCAGCAGUGAGGGCUCUGCGUGUCACGUCUGACAUGCGUGUCAUAGGUUUGCCAUCACUGUAGUAGGAUGAUGGGACCGUAGCAAAAAAACCAAGCAAUACCCGUGGAAUAGGCACUUCAAGCAACAAUAAAAAGCAAGUAGUUCUUUAACAGCAUGAUCCUAGCUAUGUCCACUCAGAAUUAAAUUGGCUUUGCUGCCAGGCAUGUGGGGCUCGUAUCACAGCCUAAGACCCAUUGAAAAGUGUUGAUGGACUUUGUGCAAAUCAAGAAACCAUGUAUAUUAAAUAAGCACCAAGCUGACCAAUAAGCCCAUUUCAGCCCAGGGCAGUGGAGGAACGGAGGAGGAAGAGUUAACAUCUCCCACUGACUUGUGUGGGUAGGUUGGUGUUUCUGAGGUUGUACUGCGAUGUGUUCAUAUGCUGGUCUCUGCAAGGCAGGAUGCAAGCUGAGAUUCCAGAGUUGCCUCCCUGAAACCAUUCGGCAAGAGAAGCGACUGGAGCAGGGGAUGAAAGGAGGCUGCUUGGGGAAUAUCUCCGGAGUCUGAAGUCCGCCGAAAGAACCCUUCUGUUUGCUAUGCAGUUAAAAAGCCCCCAAAGGUUGUGUUAAGCUGGGAUCUCCCAACAAGCCUCCUGUUUGUACUCUGGAAAUCAAUGGUGGUGAAUUUCCCAAGAGAAACAUACUGUAUCUUGCACCUUGUCUUCUGCCAAACCCAGCCUUUUUGGCUUUUGGAGAGUGGAUUGCAGGAGUUCCCAGAAACCUGCAGCUGGCUUUAGGUUACAGGACGCAUCUUCUGGUUAAACCUAGCCAAACGCUGCUGUUUUGCAAACACAACUAUGGGGGAAUGGGAGAUGUCCCGGCACGGGAGCCAGGCUGUGCUGGCGAUAGCUACGUUCUUCUUCUCCAUGUUGGCUGCAGCCAACAGCCUGCGGUGCUAUCAGUGUGUGGGGAUGUUCCAUGAAUGCGUCCAGACCGAGCAGCUCUGUACGCCCAGGGAUCGCUCCUGCUUCUCAUCCACCAUCAAGCUCUUCUAUACAAACAACUACGCUGGCGUUUUUAUGCUGCCAGACCUGGAAAUAGCCGAAUACGUAAUGAAAGGCUGCUCUGGGGAGGGCGUGUCCAACCGCACAGCCAAUGUGUACUCUGAAGAUGACCGAGAGGUGCACAAUACCUACUACUGUGACUCAGACCUCUGCAACACCCGUUUCACAGGCGUUCCGGCCAGUUCUCCUCAGGUGGCCAAUGGCAUGGAGUGUUACAGCUGCUUCGAUCGAGGCACUGGAGAGUGUGCUCCAGGAAAUGCCACCCGGAUCAAGUGUUUGGGGGACAUGAACCAGUGCAUGGAUUUUACUGUGACCAACGGUGCCUGGAAAAUGACCUACCGGACAUGCGGCCUUGAGACACUGUGCCGCCGCCAGUAUGUACUCCCAGAGCUCUCGGGAAGGCUGGACAUCAGCUGCUGUUCCACCCCGCUGUGUAAUGAUGGCCGGCCAGGACAGAAGAGCAUCUGCAGCCACUUUUCAGAGCAAGGGGUCAAGCGGAAGCCUGAAAAUGGCCUGGAAUGCGCUAGCUGCUGUGACUCUGGACAAGGGGAAUGUGCCACAGGGAACUGGACUCAUGUCAAGUGUGUUGGGGACCAGAACAUGUGUGUGAAUGUCACAGAGGAAGGCCAGAUGGUGCUGCGUGGCUGCAGCUUGGAGAAGCUUUGCUGGGAGAAACCACAACUGCUGGGCCUGAGCCGGAAUGCCUCCAUCCGAUGCUGCUCUGGCUCCCUCUGCAACCGCAGCAUCGAGCUGACCUCCGGGGCUAUGCUGUUGCACUUGCUGCUGCCCGCUCUCCUGAUGAUGAUGAUGCGGCUGCUCUGACGGACGCCCAAGGACAUGUGGACUCCACUGAAAGGGCGGAAGACAGGAGAAGCGCAGAAAGCACUUGACCAGCACUGCAUGCGCAGUUGCAUUCUUGCAGCCCAUGCGGCAUUUUUGUCACUUGCAACAUUGCUCUGGUCUGCAGCACCUGGUCCAAGAAUUUGGCAAUGUUGCAUGCAAGGCUGGAUUCCACGGCACCCUCUGUGACUUCUGCUUCCUACUUCCUAGACUGGAACUUUCAGGGAAGGGUCAGUUUCCUUGCGAGGGAAGAGAGAUCUGUUUACAAAUGAUGCCAGGAUGGCGGCAAUAGGCUGGCAGAGACACCCAGACUCGUAGUACCAGUCCUGAAAUAAUGUCAGUCUUCCCCAAAGCGACCACACACCCUCGCACCUGCUUCUCACCAGCCAACCUCAGAAGCCCUGGCUUCUCUCUCUCGCUGCCCUGAUUGAAACUAGAGAACUGUUUUCUUCGUUCCAGGUGUGGUGGUAGGACACAAACAACAGCGACUUGGCAUGGCUACUAUCCAUGGAAGACCUUUAAGCAGUCACCUCGAUCUCUCGCCUGCUGCACCAAAGCCUAAAAAGAGUGGAGUGGUUAUCCUGAUUUGCUUGCACAAAGCGUAAUGCAGAAGUUAGACUAUGGGUAUCAUAGGUGCCAACUCCCUGGGGCCCUGGGUGCCCGUGAAUUUCCCAUGAAGGGGCUGGGCACCCACAAAUUUCUGUGCCAGGGCCAUGCACGCUGCAUGGCUCCCACGGCCCCAGGCACCCACGGUCACAGGGCCAAGUUGGCACUCCUGAUGAGUGUGUUCACAUUAGCACCUUAGAGUGCGGUGAAGUUGUUCCCCGCAGUGUAUUCAGCUGUUCCCUCCUGCCAGGCAUUGUUCACAUCAGCACAGCUUCAUUAAUGUCAGAUUUGUUUCUGUUUCUGUACACACCCGGAGGUAUUGACAGGGCAAAGUUUGUCUUUACACUAUGCAAAGGUGGUUCCACCUUGGCUAGAGAUGAAUAAGGACCAGCUUAAGGACUCGGCGUGAAGCUCAUUUGAGAAGUAACACAUCACACAGUAGUGUUUUAUUACAAAGUACAGGGUAUGUAUUUUGGACAAGGUAGUGUGAAAUCCAUUAAAAACCCAGCCCUGGAAAUGCAGCAAGUGCACAGUAAACUGGGGCGUCUUUAUUGAACAUCUGUUCUGAUUUGCUCGUGGGGAGGUUAGACAACAAACAACAAUCUAUCCUGAAUUGCUUGGCUAUGUGUCUUCUCAUUAAUCUUUCCCUCACCCCACACUUGAAAUUUGCUUUUCCCGUCAUAUUCCUAACCACAGAAAGUCUGUUUUCAUUUUUAAUUGGAUCUCGCUGCCCCAGGAGAGCGGAGGCACAAACCUAAAUGUCCUGUCUGGAAUGCCUCCCACAAAAUGCCAACAGUCUGGAGGCGACCUUGCACCACCAAGCAGCAUGCUCUUGCAGCCUCCUGUGCCUGGCUGUUGCUGUGGGUGUUAUUUCACUCACUGUUUCGGGGUUGCGGGCAUUGUUCCAUGCCACUGCUGCUGCAAUGUUUCACCUGUGGCAGCAGGAUUCCAUUGCACACCUGAGAGCCACGGGGGCUGCCCUCCACUGCUUUAAUACACAGCAGCAGUGAAGAGGUCUUGGGAUUAAAAAUAGGGGAUUAAUAGGGGGAACCCUCCACCUGGGUACUGGACUUCACCUUUGGGCAAACCGGGCUGAUGAAGCCUUUUGGCUCAGAGCAUAGAAUCUGAUGGCUUCACAGUUUCACUUCAAACUGUUGUAAGCCAAAAAUAGCUUAUCUCCUGAGUUUAUGCCAAUAAAACUCAGAAAUGUGAGGAGUUAGGAGUCCAGUGUUGUUUAUUGCAAAGCAAAAGGUUAUAGUUACAGGUAGGUAGCCGUGUUGGUCUGGAUCGAAGUAAAAUAAAAAAAAUUCCUUCAGUAGCACCUUAAAGACCAACUAAGUUUUUAUUUUGGUAUGAGCUUUCGUGUGCAUGCACACUUCUUCAGAUACAGUGAAAUGGAAGUUU